AUGUCGGCAGCGGUGCCCGCAGAGGGUGUCCCCUCCCCACUUUCCGCGGACACAGGACAGAGUGGCCGCAGAUCCAGCUGCCAGAAGGACAUGCGGCGGAGCGUGGCCUCACCUGCACCCCUCCCCGUGGAUCAGCCCUACCCGGGGGGCACGGGCCCCCGCUAUGCGACCUGGCGAGUGGAGCUGGGAGGUCCAUCCUGCCCGGCCCUCAAGGGCUUGUGCACUGCCAAGAGGCUCCUGCUGCUGCUGGCGGUCGUGGGGCUGCUGGCCGGGGUGGCCGCCGGGCUGUGGCUCCUAGCGUGGCACCUGAGGCAGCCCCCGAGGGGGCAGGAGACUCCUGCCCUGCCGGACCUGGCGGUGACCUCGAACUGCAGGGAUACGGAGGAGGAUGAGGAGCCUGCCUCGGCCAUGCCUGCCUUGGCCCCGCAGAGAGUCUCUUUCAGGAUCACCACGGGGACCUUCCUGCUGGAAGUGCAGGUGCCGGGCGUGCCGGGCUGGCACUUGGCUUGUCACGACUACUGGAGCCUGGCGCAGGGGACGUGGGUCUGCCGGCAGCUCGGGCACCUCAGACUCACCCACCACAAAGGCGUGAACCUGACUGACAUCCAGGCUGACACCGGGCAGGAGUUUGCCCAGAUCCUGCCCAACCCUGCAAGUAGCCCCCAGCCUCCUGGUUUCCUCCUUGCCUUGCUGCCUCCCUCGCCCAGCCCUGCUCCAUGGACUGCAGGUGCCCUUGGGGCUGAGGGCAGCAGAGGAGCAACGCAGGGUGUGUUGUUACAUGCAAAGUGGGGAAUAAAGAUUGGGAAGUGUGUGGCUUUGUUCUUAAAAUGCAGGAUCCAAGAGACCCCGAGCAGGUAG